AUGGAGAGACCCUUGGAGCUGGGCAACAUGACCAGAGUCCAAGAGUUUGUCUUGCUGGGUUUGUCCACACGGCCAGACAUAAGGGAUGUCCUGUUUGCCAUUUUCCUGACGCUCUACCUGCUGACCCUCUUGGAGAACACACUCAUCAUCUACCUCAUCUGCACUCACAGUGAGCUCCACAAGCCCAUGUACUGCUUCCUGGGCAACCUGAGCUGCCUGGAGAUGUGCUACGUGUCAGUGACCAUGCCCAGCCUGCUUGUGGGGCUGUGGACUGAAGUCUGCCAUGUGUCCUUCACAGCCUGUAUGACCCAACUCUUCUUCUUCAUCUCCCUCAUCUGUACCGAGUGCACCCUCCUGGCCUCCAUGGCCUAUGACCGCUACGUGGCCAUCUGCCGCCCACUCCACUACCCACUGCUCAUGAGGCCCCAGGUCUGCCUGGGCUUGGCCGUGUCCUCAUGGCUUAGUGGGCUGCUGGUCUCAGUGGUGAAGACAUCGUGCAUUGCUAGCCUGUCCUACUGCGGCCCCAAUGUGCUCAACCACUUCUUCUGUGAUGUCUCCCCUCUGCUCAACCUGUCCUGCACCCACGUGGCCCUGACAGAGCUGGUGGACUUCAUCUCUGCCAUUGUCAUCCUCUGGGGUUCUCUCCUCGUGGCCAUAGCCUCGUACACGGCCAUCGGUAGGGCCGUGCUCUGUAUGUCAUCGGCCGCUGCCCGCUACAAAGCUUUCUCCACCUGCACCUCCCACCUGGUAGUGGUGGGCAUCUUCUACUCAGCCACUAUCUUCAUCUACGCCCGUCCCAGUCGCAUAGAAGCCACGGAUCUCAACAAGGUGUUGUCUGUCAUUUACACAGUGGUCACGCCCAUGUGCAAUCCUAUCAUCUACUGCCUGCGGAACAAGGAAGUCCAGGCAGCUUUGCAUAGAACCCUGCACUGGUCCAGAGGCUGA